GUCGUCUUGAGAAGUUUGGUACCUCUCAAGGACAAGACAGAGGCGACUCCGGAGGCUGAUGAGCUGAGUCGCAGAUGGAGGCGAAGAUGGAGACUCGCUAAACUCUGCUAUUCGCCGGCGUGGUUCACGUGAAUUAUAUCUCCCCACCAACUCCGUCUGUGAUUUGAUUUCUGAGGUUGGUUUCGCCCUCUUGCCGUAGUUCCCAAUCGGAGGUUUUCAAGAUUUCUUUGUGGCUUCUGCCAGAGCUUUGUUCCGUUUGGUUUGAACCUAUUUUAUGGGUUGCCGUCGUUCACCCCGAACUUCUGGUUUUGUUUAUCUUAUACUCUGGAAUUUCGUGGCUAUGCCAUCGAGGAAUGGUCGAUCAGGAAGACUAUAAUCUGUUUAAUGCCAGAGAAGAUUUAGCUUCACGAUGUCCUUGACAUUUAACAUUAGGAGAGUUGCAAACCUCCUUCUGAGCCAGAGAAGCAGCUAUUCAGAAAUAAAUAACCAUGGGGCACUUUUUAGACAUCAACCACCUUCCUAUUCAUGCAGACCAUACUCACAGUAUAAAUCUUCUAGUAGAGGAUAUGCUUCAUUUACAUUGUACAAGGCCAAAGGGAACUUAUACCACAAUGGUUGUACCAGAAGACACUUUGUCUCCUCAGCAAGUACUGCUAUGACACAUCAUGCCCAAGAUGCUUGGAGAAGACUUUCACAAAUAUGUUCUUAUAGAGGUCCAGCUUUCCCACCAAUUAGUAGGAUUGCUUGUGCUGUGAGCUUGGCAUUGAGCAGAUCACACGUUUUAGCACCUAGUGUCUUUGCCUUUAUUAUUGGAGAGGUAGCUUGGGCACAGAAAACUUGGGCAGAUGUUGAACACUUGUCCCACAGAAAUGCAUUCUAUGCUAAUGCACAAGAUGGACAUAUUUACUUGACCUCACUCAUGUUCUCUCUCCUAGAGGGUUUUAUUGUGUUUCUGAGAUCGUUUUAUUUGGCGAUUUUAUUCUUGCCCACCAUGACAAUGGCACCAUUUGCUGAUUGUUUUGGAACCCAAUUUCGGAAGGUUUGGCUUCAGGUUGUGCGUUUUACACUAGAAAAAGCGGGCCCAGCAUUCAUAAAAUGGGGCCAGUGGGCGGCCACACGACCAGAUCUCUUCCCCAGAGAUCUAUGCAUUGAACUUUCCAAGCUUCACAGCAAAGCACCAGCACACAGCUUUGCCUUCACAAAGAGAACUAUUGAGUCGGCAUUUGGUCGCAAGCUUCCUGAAAUUUUUGAAGAUUUUGAAGAGGAGCCUGUAGCAUCUGGAAGUAUUGCUCAAGUGCAUAAAGCUUCUUUGAGAUUUCGGUACCCUGGUCAACAAGUCAAGCCCAUUGUUGUUGCUGUAAAAGUUAGGCAUCCUGGUGUUGGUGAAGCAAUUAGAAGGGAUUUUAUGAUAAUUAAUUUGGUUGCCAAAAUCUCGAAUUUCAUCCCUACUUUAAAGUGGUUGAGACUGGAUGAAAGUGUGCAACAAUUUGCUGUAUUUAUGAUGUCUCAAGUUGAUCUUGCAAGGGAAGCUGCUCAAUUAAACAGAUUUAUAUAUAACUUCCGAAGAUGGAAGGAUGUAUCCUUUCCAAGGCCACUAUAUCCACUUGUGCACCCUGCAGUCUUAGUAGAGACUUACGAGCAAGGGGAAAAUGUUUCCCACUAUGUUGAUGAGACAGAGGGAAAUAAUCGAGUUAAAAGUGCUCUUGCUCACAUAGGGACUCAUGCACUUCUUAAGAUGCUUCUGGUGGACAAUUUUAUCCAUGCAGAUAUGCAUCCUGGAAAUAUCCUUGUCCGAGUAGCUGAAAACAAAUCUACACCUAAACGGAUUUUUAAAUCCAAGCCUCAUGUCAUCUUCCUUGAUGUAGGCAUGACGACUGAGCUCUCUAAGAAUGAUCGGGUGAAUUUGCUUGAGUUCUUUAAGGCUGUUGCCCUUCGAGAUGGCCGUACUGCUGCAGAAUGCACUCUGAGAUUGUCAAAACAACAGAGCUGCCCAAAUCCAGAGGCCUUCAUUGAGGAAGUAAAGAAGUCAUUUGAUUUCUGGGGUACUCCAGAAGGUGAUGCUGUCCAUCCUGCUGAGUGCAUGCAGCACUUGCUUGAGCAAGUCCGGCAUCAUAAAGUCAAUAUUGAUGGCAAUGUGUGCACUGUGAUGGUGACCACUUUAGUUCUUGAGGGCUGGCAGAGGAAACUUGAUCCAGGAUAUAAUAUGAUGCAAACAUUACAAACAUUGCUAUUCAAAGCUGACUGGGCAGAAUCUCUCGUCUACACAAUCGAAGGACUUAUGGCCCCAUAAAAUGGCACGUGUCAGCAUUUCUUCUCAAACAAUUUUGUCGAUGAGUGAAAAUAACAUAAAAGAGAAUAUACAUACUGUUUACGGAAGUCUCUUUCCCAUCUUUCUACACCUUUUUAUCUGGUCCAUGUUUUCUUUGCACAAAUUUUCCAGUAGGCAAACCAUGCCUUUCUGUAUUAUUUUGUUUUCAAUUGUCAUAGCAUCACUAUACUUCACCUUAUCUCACAAGCAUUUACAGUGAAUAAGGAGUAACAGAGAGACGAAAUAGAGCAGUGCCAUUCUUUUCAUUUCCAGUUCAUACUA